AUGACUAUUUCAUAUUUGUCGAAGAAAGCUUUCAAAUCCGAAGAGUUUUUGGCCGCUUCUAUUGUGAGGUUUAUCCCGACAGAUGUCGCUUUGUUUAUUCUAAAACUGGAGGUAGAAAAAGUUGCAGCCCAACGUUCAUUCCUGUUUCUUUGGUGUGGCUCACACGAAGGGCUUAAUGAAGGGAGAAAGUGUUUAAAGAAGUGGGGCUUUCGUCGUUGUGAGGACAUUUGCUGGAUCAAAACAAAUAAAACCAAUCCUGGAAACACAAAAUAUCUUGAACCAGAUGCCAUAUUUCAACACACUAAAGAACACUGUCUGAUGGGAAUCAAAGGCACUGUAAGGAGAAGCACUGAUGGAGACUUUAUUCAUGCAAAUGUUGAUAUUGACCUCAUUAUCACUGAAGAGCCAGCACUAGGAAGCACGGAGAAGCCAACUGAAAUAUUUCAUAUUAUGGAGCACUUCUGUCUAGGACGACGUCGCCUUCACUUGUUUGGCAGUGAUGAUACCCUGAGACCAGGUUGGCUUUCAGUAGGACCAAGUCUGUCAAGUUCAAACUUCUCUGCCGAUCUAUACAAUUCCUACUUUUCCAAUGGACCUGAAGACCUUAUCGUUGGCAGCACACAAGAAAUUGAGACUCUUAGACCAAAAUCUCCCACAGGAAAACACAAAGGAGAUGGUGGAGGACGUGGGGGUGCAAAUGCAGCCAGUCGUGGGGGCCCAGGUCCUAGAGCAAGGGGAGGAGUUCGUGGGGGGAUGAUGAGAGGGGCAGGGUUUCAAGGGAGGGGAGGAAGGGGUUUUGUAAGCUUCUCUGUGAGAUAGUCAGGAUCAAAAAUUACCAAAACAAUGAUUUUGAUAAGAAAAACCAUGAUUGUGUUUUGCUACAGUAUCAUCAAGUUAGUUAGAAUGUGGUCAUUAUCAUACAGCAACACAAAGUUUGUACUUUUUGCCUUCGUGUCGUUUACUCUUACAGAGUGCUUGCCUUUAAAUUUUAGUUUUCUUUGAGAAGAUGGAACAAUAUAUAUAUACUUCUUGAACUUGAACAGAAUAAAUUUACAGAGCGCUUGACUCUGAGAGUAGCAGUGUAGAUAAUAAACAACGGUAGCAAGACUUCAA